UAUGUCUUAUUACAGAAAGUAUGUGAUGGCUUUUAUAAAUUUUCUACGUAGUCUUUUACAAUAGGACAACUACGCCGUAUACUCUUGGCUCAAUGGUCGCCAUUAUCGUUUUUGGGCUUUUAUCUGAUAGCAUGAGUGAUAUAGUUAAAUAAAACAACUUAUGUUUUUUUUAAGUUUUUCAUGUGUUACGUAUAUUCGUCCAUAUUUUUCGGAUUGUGAAUUCUUCAAAAAUAUGGUUUUGUAUUCUCGAAUAGAGAUUUAAUUAUGUAAUAAAAAAGAAGAGAGAGAGAAAUAUAUUUCGAAGACUACGUGUAUUAUGAAAGUGAGAUCGUGUGAGACGCUACAAUUUUGUUUGAGUAGAAAAGAAUAAAUGUAAACUUUGUAGAAUAUAGGACAAACAUUGAGGAAAAUGACAUCACAGAAAACGAAUGAUUUUUUUGUGGCACAUGAUGUCCACAGAAAGUUCAACUGUUUAGGUGUAACAGAAAAUGCAAUUCUUCCAGAAAAGGAAAAUUAUGAGCCAAGAACAUUGGUUGACCAUACAUUGGAAUUAAUAGAUCCUACUCCCAACAUUUAUACGCUAUUUGUACAAUUCAAUGCACGAUUUUUUCUGAAUGUUUUGGCUCCUGUUGAAGUUAAGUGGAGUAAUAGAAUGACAAGUUGUGCUGGGACUUGUAGCUUUCAUAAUAAGCAAUGUGUAAUUACACUCAGUGAGCCAUUGCUUAAACUCAGACCAAGGAAAGAUCUCGUGGAAACUUUACUGCAUGAAAUGAUCCAUGCAUACUUAUUCUUGACAAACAACAAUCGUGAUAGAGAUGGUCAUGGGCCUAAUUUCUGUGAACAUAUGUACAGGAUAAAUAAAGAAGCUGGAACUAAUAUAACAAUUUACCACAAUUUUCACGAUGAAGUAAGACUGUAUCAGCAACAUUGGUGGAAAUGCAAUGGACCUUGUCGGUUUAGAUCACCAUUUUUUGGAAUGGUGCGGCGAGUUAUGAAUCGUGCACCUGGACCUUCCGACUAUUGGUGGGCUGAACAUAAACUAAAUUGCAAUGGACAGUUCAUAAAGAUAAAAGAGCCAGAGAAUUACAAAUCGAAGCAAAAAGAUAAGUCAAAGUCAACUUCAAAGAAUAAUAUGUUAAAAGAUAAUACUCUUGUCGAUUGGUUUGCAAGGAACUCUCCAACAAUAGAUAAAUCGUCACUUACAUUUAAACAUCCAAAAGUAUUUACUCAUAAUCAAGUUAAAAGAUUUACUCAAACAAUUACUCAAAUAGACAGAAGUAAAACUGCCAAUAACAAAGAUAAUAGCAAAAGUGAUCAAGAUUCGCUAUUGGGAGUGAAAAAGCUUGGUAAUACCAGCAAUAAUGUGCAUGGCUGGAAUAUUAGUGGUCCAAGUGGAAAGAUUGAAAAAGAUAAUACAAAACACAUUUCUUCAAAGACUCCCAUGUUUUCUUGCUUCGGUACUUUAGGAGGCAGUAACAAUGGUCAGAGUCGCCUCUUGAAAGAAUUUUUGCACGUGGGUAACAGUAAAAAUCGUCCAAAUGAAUUAAAUGAAAAAUAUGUAUUAUCAAAGUUAUCAUCAGCCACAGAAUGUUUUCGGAAGCCUGCUGAUAAGCCAAUUUCAAAUUUAAUUAAAUCAAAGAGUCAAACAAAAAGAAAGGCAGAUAAUAAAUGCAACACAAAAUCUACACCAUUGAUUGAUAAGCUUAAUAAUAGUAGUAAUGAAAAAUUGACAUCACCUAUUCGGCCAUUUUUCACACCAUUGGAGAAACAAACAGCAAACACAAGUAAUAAGCGUUUGAAGUUAGAUGAUCCAAAAUUUACUGAAUACGCGAGCUGCUUUAUUUGUGAUAAGAUGCUUCCAGCAGAUACUAUUUAUCUGCAUACUAAUGAAUGUCUCUCAAGACACAAUAAAGCUUAUACAGGUAAUGCUACUUCAAAUUCUCAGCCACAGCCUCUUCAACCAAUUUCUCAGAUACAAUUUCAACCAAUUUCUCAGACACAACUUCAACCAAUUUCAAAUUUAGAUGAGUCAAGAAAUCAAGUAGAAAAAAAGACAGAUAGUAAAUAUAACACAAAUUCUACAUCAUUUAUUGAUAAGCUUAAUAAUAGUAGAAGAUUAGCAUCGCUUAUUCGAAAUAAUAAAAGAUUUAUACCGCGUACUCGAAAUAAUAAAAAAUUGAUACCGCCUGUUCAAUUGUUUCUCACGCCAUUGAGAUUGCAUAAUGUAAUGAAGAUACAGCUUACAAAUAGAGAUAAUGAGCAUUUCGAAAUAAAUGAUUCAGAUGAUUAUGAUGAUGAUACUGAAUUCAAGAGCUGUUAUUUUUGUAAGAAAGUAUUUCCAGCAGAUGAUAUUCAUAUGCAUAUUAAUGAGUGUUUCUCAGAUGACAAUGAGGCUAUAUGGGGAGAUAACAAAGUUCCUUCAAAUGUUCACGCAUCAGAUGACAGCAUAAUCAAUAUAAGCAGUUCUUCUAAUUCUGAUUCGGAUAAUUCUGGCAUUAACAAAAGCCCAAAGGCACAAUCUUGCAUUGAUAUUAAUGCGAGUGAAAGCAGUGCGACAAAUUGCGAACAGAAAUGUUUGGUGUGCAAUGCACAGAUUGCAUCGGAUACAACUUUAAGUGAACACCUAGAUGAAUGCAUAGGAGCCAUUUUUAACGACAAUACAAUCAUGAUAGAUGAUAAAGAUGAUGGUAAUAUGUCUGCUACAGGAAAGAAUUCUAUUGAAGAUAAAUAUCCCUGUCCAGUGUGUAAGGAGUUGAUAUCAGAAAAUCUCAUGAAUCGACAUUUAGAUACGUGUCUUGAAAAUAAUUCUACGGAUUAGAAAUAACAAUUAAUUAUGUUUGGAGAUGUAAAAACACUUUGCUUGAAAAGAAAAAAAGUCGGUAAUAUUUAUAACAUUAUAUUUGACUAAACAUUGAGGAAAUAUAAAUUUAAAGCAAUCUCAAUUCGAAUAUUAUCUGACAUCCACAUACAAAUUUGUCUCAAGUAAAAUAAAAGCUCUGAAUGUUAGUCUUAUAUGUUAGGCAGAUUCAAUGUUACAGGAACACAUAAUUUAUGAGGUUUAAGUACCAUUUUUUUAAUA